AUGGCCUCAGCAGUGGACAGUACGGCCUUUUUUGCUCAGAGACGCAAAGAGUAUGCAAUCCCACAAGAGCUGAUUGAUCGUUUGGAGGCGCAAGGAGUCACGACAAUGGGGCAUCUGGCAUUCAGUUUAGGACGUCCGGGUCAAGAUGUCGAUGAUGCAGAUUUUGUGCGGUGGAUCACUAGGAUCAACAACAAUGUUGAACCUCCCCAAGGUCCACUUGCGUCUGCACGAAGGCUUCAUUUUGAAGCCGAGGUUGUGGUCACUGCAUCCCUGAAGGCGUCCAUCGAAGGUGCUUCAGAUAGCCAGCCCAAGAAGAUUACUUAUGCCGAGAAAUCAUCCAGGAUGCAGCAAGUGAAGCGCGAGCUGCAAGGUGCCGUUGUGGAAGGCGUUCUGGAGCCCAGUGAUGAGGUGCUUGAGAUUUGCGUGCAUCAGUAUGAGACACGGACCUUGCAAUAUGUUGAAGCAGCAAAGUGCACAUCACGCGACAUGGAACUCACUGGAAAAGCAGCUACGGUUGGAUUCGAAUACGCUGACUGUGAAGGAGAGCAAGGAGUGCCCUGA